AAACGCAGCGGGUGUGCGUGAGAGGGAGCUCUCAAACUAUAAGAAUCUGUUCCAGGCACGCCAGCUCCAAGGGAAGUAUCUCUCACCUGCGGCUAAGUCAAACUAUCUUGUCCUUGAUACCCAAUUCGCGAAGUCCUUGCUUUUUGGUGCGCUGUUGCUCAAGACUUGGGCAUAACCUACUAGUCCUUCGAUACUCUUUCACCCAUACCAGUCAGCAACCCAAACUACGCUUCCUUUCAUUUGGAGCCUUUUUUGCAACAAUGUCUUCUCCCACUUCUUCUCAAGGCACUGCUGGCGGUGCCCCGUCCAGUCCCCACCAAGACCGACUGAUCAGCUUCUGCCGCCAGCAAGGCGUCCGAUCGCCCAAUUUCCAAAUCGUCUCCGACCGCCGAGGUGGACGUACAGCCUGGAGCUGCGUCGUCACCGUCCAAGGCACCCCGAUCUCCGCACGAUUUUGGUACGAUGGCCAAUAUGUCAACAACGCGCGGGAAGACGCCGCCGAGAGAGCUCUGCAGAUGCUCGGCGUCUUACCGGCUCCUCCAAGUCAGCCUCCCAUCCAUCUGCGUCAAGGUAGUCAGCAGUACUACGGCAUGAUCAACAGCUAAAUUUUUUUUCUUUUGUUCUCGACAUGAAGACCCUGCAACGACUUGAUCCUCCUCGAUGCUCAUCGUUAACAAGACGAGACGAGUUCCGAUUUUUUCUUUCUGGUUUGCUGCUGGGUUUCAUCAGGUGCAUGGGAGCUGCGGUUUGUGUAGGAUAUUUUCUUCUCCGGGAGAAAUGGGAAAUUCAUGGGCAAGCUAGUAGAGUAGCAUUGGCGUUUUUGGUUCCUGGGUCAGAAGGGAAAAGGUCGGAUGGGGCAGCGCGUGGGAGGCCUGGUGGGUGAGCGCAUUGCCAGGUGGCUGGAGAAACGGGACCGCAUCUAGCAUUGCAGCGGCAUCGGCUUGGUCUGGAUGGGGGUUUUGGUCUUUCGUUGAUGGUGGAAUCUUCCUCAGCAGUAGAGCAUAGCGCAGGAUAUGAGAUCUGGAAGCGCCCGAUCAUGCAUUUUCCUUGCCGUUUCUGUCUCUCGC